CCACAUCUACUACUAACCACCAAAUCUCAUGGCACCACCCAAACUACUAUACUGGUUUACUCUAGCUGAAAACUAGGUUAAAAGAGACGGAAAGUUGGAGUUUUAGGUGUAAUUCAUAGUAAAAAUUCAAUACAGUUGCUUUCUCUGAAGCAACGUGUUGUCUCUUAAGCCAUUCGCUAUAAUACGCUUUUUAUAUAAAAAAAGUACUUAGAACCGCCGACUUAGCUUUGGUUCUUACACAAUGAACUAUAAGCUUUAUGUUUCUAGGCACAACUGUGAGAGCAGACGGUUUCUGCACAUUUCUAGAGCCGGUUGUAAGAUUUCAGAGCUGAAAUCUGCGAUUGAGGAGUCCUACAAGAACCUUUAUCCCUUCGACUCAGAUAUUGACAUUUUAAACAUCAAAGAUGAUCAAGGUUACGAUAUUCCCGGUGAAUACAAGGUUGAUCAAGUGUUCACGGACGGUAGCAAAAUCUCAUUUGAAGUAAUCGAUGGAACUCGAUCAUUACCCUCCAUCCAACUCUCCCAAACACUCGAACAAAAUGGGAGCCCAACAGUUAUUGAUUCGCAUGACGAUCUCAAAGUGUUAAAGUCUCCAGUUGUCUCGAGUUUAGAGGAGCCUACUGAAGAAAGACAAGUAUCACCGGCUAAACGGCCCUUCUCACCGGCAUAUGCUGGUGUAGCACCCUCUCACAAGCGUCUUAAUGUGGGUACUGGACGCAGGGACGAACGUGAGUUGGCACCCGAGAGUGUAAUUGGUAUUCGUACACCUACUUCUUUCAGAAACGAGAAUUCUAUUAUCGACGCUACACAGUAUUCCGCUGCAACUCCACCUUCAGCUCAAUACCCCGGUUUCGUCGAUCUUAGACAACAACCAACCCAGCCUACCCCUACUCGCAAUUCUCAUGCUGCUGAAACCGAAAAAGAACAGCUUUUGUACGAAAAUGACGAGCCAAAUUUUGACUCUGACUCGUCCACACAUACGACAUCUGUUGAUAGAAAGAACGCUGUCAGUUCUAAAACUACCUCAAACUCCAGUCCACGGAAACCUCUUACCCAACGUGUUGACAGCAGUCCAGAGCCGGAAUCUACGGCAGAGAAGCCUCACCUUCCGGAAGCCAGUUCUCAGGAAGAACACUCAAAAGCCACUAACGAGGAGGCAGACAGUGACUCCUCCUCUGACGACGACAGUGAUUUGGCACCUUUGUCAUCCAGAAGUAAUAAACCGGCUAUUGCAAUUACAAAAACGGGGUUACAAUCGCUUCCUGUGUCGUCUCUCAGUGAAGAAGAAUCGUCUGACACGGAUGGUGAAAUGCUGUCGGAUUCUAGUGAAGUUUCCAUUACUUCUAAUUUAGACUACGCUUCUCUGGCUUCAGAUUCCGAAUCAUCUUCAGACGAAAGUGAUGUUGCACCUUUGCAGUCCCUUUCCCAACGCAACAAGCAACAGCUUUCACAGGAACCCGUAGAUGAUAUACUAACACAGAGGGCCACUGAGCAGCAGACCACUACAGCUACAACUACUUCAGCAACCUCAGAAGCUUCCAAGCUUUCACCCGAGCCUCCACUGACGCAGGUGCCCGUGGAAGCUGCUUCUCAGCCGUCCCCUCUUAAACCAAAACGCACAAGAUCUCAGCGACAAUCGUUGUCCUCUGUUCACUCCUACUCUCGGUUGUCGGAACUUUCGAAAACCUUUUCUCCUGAAAUCCGAGACCCUAACCAUGCGCCCAAUCCCAACACUCGUAAACCUUUCUCCGCAAUUGCCCAGUCAGCUUCGGAAGCUGAAAGUUCUUCCCAGUCAGACAACGAAAGCAGCUCCGAAGACAGCAGCUCAGACGAUAGCAACUCUAGUGAUGAAGAGGAUUCGGCCGCAAAGAAAACCAAAAACAAAGCUGCUAACAACGACUUUAAUCCUAUUCCAGUUGAAAAACGUGCUAGUGCCAUACCCGUUAGAAGGAAAUUACGUCGCAGAAGAAAAAGCGGACUGGCUAGUUUAGCUUCUCUUGUCUAAUCAGUCUUAUUUUCAGUAAGAGUUCUUUCCAUUGAGCUUUUCUACUAAAAGUUUUGUGUUUUUAUUUCGGGUACUAUUAAUUCAUUUUGUCCACCUUUUUGACAUUUA